CGACAGAUCACAAAUAGCAGCAUAAAAAGAGUGGACAGGCAGGCAUCGCGAUGGCUUCUCUCGAGCCGUUGCGAAUCCUCUCUCUAGAUGGCGGGGGCAUUCGCGGGGUCUCAAGCCUGCUCAUUCUAGAGAAUGUCAUGGAGCAGAUCCACGACGCCGAGCGACUCGACCACGUCCCACGGCCAUGCGAUCGGUUCGAUCUGAUCGGCGGUACAAGCACGGGAGAGUACAUAACGCUGGUCCGGAUGUCAGGCGUACACGCUAACGACUGCGCAGGAUCAUUGCAAUCAUGCUCGGGCGGCUGCGGAUGACGGUCGAUGAGUGCAUACGAGCAUACAAGAAUGUGGCCGAGCAGGCUUUCACUCCAAAGACGACGACCAUAUUGAAGAAACCACGAUCCGGCGCCUUUUCCGCCAAUGCCCUUGAGGCAGCCAUCAAGCGGAUCGUCAGGGAGUUCUGUGUGGAAUUGGAGUGUGUGGAGCGGCGGCGACAAGGCCACACGACCACAGAGUCAUGCCCACACGGCGAUGCUUUGUUCCGCAGCAAGUCGUGUACAAAGACAGUUGUUCUGGCCAUCACGAAGGACAACGUCGAUACACUGCCGGGCUGGAUGGCUGCAAAAUUUGGGAGGUCGCCCGUGCCACGU